AUGGCUCCCACAAGAAAGUAUCCAUCUUGUCACUCUAAGAUUCGGAAGACAAGAAGAAUAGAGAAAUUGAAAAACUCUCAAAAGGGGGAUAUGCAUCAAUUCCUUAUUAAGAAGCCACAUAAUUUAGCUAUUGAAGAUGCAGCUGAUGCCAAUCAAGAGCAAAGCCCCGACGAGGAAUUGAAUGAUGUUGAAGUUGAUGUAGAUAAAGUUGUGAAGGAAGCGGCAGAAGGUGCGGCCAAUCAAGAUCAAAUUCCUCCUGAUGAAGAAUUGAAUGAUGUUGAAGAAGAUGUAGAGCAGGUUGUGGAGGAAGCGGCGGAAGAGCCAAUCGAAGAACCGGUUGAAAACCCGGUUGAAGAACCUGUGGAGGAAGCGGUGGAAGAACCAGUCAAAGUUGAAGAUGCUGAUUUAGUAAGUUCUGUUCCUUUCAAUAUUUCUGAUCCUAGAAAUUGGGAUGAUCUUGAUUCUAAAUGGAAAGAUUUACUAGUAGAGAAAUGUCCUGUUAGAGAUCUUUUGUCUGGAAAAGGGCCUAAAGAUAAAUGGAAUAGGCGUUUCUCUUCUGAAUUUUACAGUCGGUCUUUACCAAAUGGAGAGAAGCAUCAUCGGGAUUGGUUGGUAUAUUGUAAAGAUCAUGACAGAGUUUUUUGUUUCUUUUGCAAGUUGUUCAAAACAAGACGUCAACCAAGUCAGUUAGCACAUGAGGGUUCGAAUGAUUGGCAGCAUAUGAGCGGGAAACUGAAAAUGCACGAGAGAAGUGUAGAACAUAUAUGUCACAUGAUCAUUUGGGUUGAUUUGGGUGAAAGGUUGAGAAGGAGUAAAACAAUUGACAAGGCUGUGCAAGAGCAAAUCAUGAAAGAAAAAGAGCAUUGGAGGAAAGUGUUGGAGAGAUUAUUCUCAAUUGUGAAAUACUUGGCUAGGCAGAGUUUGGCAUUUCGGGGAACUAAUGAGAAGAUGUAG